CGCCCGCGCCGCGUUCGCGAAGGCAUGCCGGGAAAUAUAGUCCGCGCGAUCCGAGGCGGGGCCUAGGCGAAGCAUGUUACCUGACGCUGCUGCCGGCGAAGCGAGGGACGCAGCCGCCGCCGCCAGCUGACCCCCCCCCCCCGCGGCGGACAAUGCCUCAGUGGGGUGGCAAGCUGCUGCCGCCGUCCAAGAGGCCGAAACUGGCGUCGGCGACAGGCCCGCGCAGAGCGAUGCUGCCACCGGCCGGAGCCAAGUGCCAGCCGCCGCUUUCCUCCUCGGUGAUAGAAAAUCAGCGCCGGAGCCUGCCCAUCUUCCAGGCACAGGGGGCGCUGCUCGGGCAGCUCCGCAGCCUGCACUGCGCCGUCCUGAUUGGAGAAACAGGCUCUGGGAAGACAACUCAGAUCCCGCAAUACCUCUAUGAAGGGGGAAUCGGGCGCCAAGGCGUUGUGGCCGUGACCCAGCCCCGUCGGGUUGCUGCGAUAUCCUUGGCAACCCGCGUCUCUGAUGAGAAGAAAACUGAACUGGGGAAACUGGUCGGCUACACGGUGCGCUUUGAGGACCUCACUUCGGAUGAGACGAAGAUCAAGUUCCUGACCAACGGGAUGCUGCUGCGAGAAGCCAUCGGGGACCCGCUCAUGCACAAGUACAGCGUCGUCAUCCUGGACGAAGCACAUGAACGGACCAUCCACACCGACGUCCUCUUCGGGGUGGUGAAAGCCGCUCAAAAGAAGCGGAAGGAGUUGGGGAAGUUGCCGCUGAAAGUGAUCAUCAUGUCAGCUAUGAUGGACGUCGACCUGUUCUCCCAGUACUUCAACGGGGCACCUGUGCUUUACCUAGAAGGCCGGCAACAUCCCAUCCAGAUCUUCUACACCAAACAGCCUCAGAGCGAUUACCUCCAAGCCGCACUGGUGACCGUCUUCCAGAUCCAUCAGGAAGCGCCUUCUUCCCAGGACAUCCUGGUGUUCCUGACGGGCCAGGAAGAGAUCGAAGCAAUGACCAAAACCUGCUGUGACAUUGCAAAACAUCUUCCGGACGGUUGCUCGCAGAUGGUGGCCAUGCCCCUGUACGCGUCUCUGCCCUAUUCCCAGCAACUCCGGGUCUUCCAAGCUGCCCCCAAGGGCUAUCGCAAAGUGAUUCUGUCGACCAAUAUUGCCGAGACUUCUAUCACCAUCGCAGGCAUAAAAUACGUCGUCGAUACCGGCAUGGUCAAGGCGAAGAAGUACAAUCCUGAAAGCAGCCUGGAAGUGCUGGCACUCCAGCGCGUCUCAAAAUCCCAGGCGUGGCAGCAUUCUGGCCGGGCCGGGCGAGAGGAUAGCGAUCUGUGCUACCGCCUCUACACUGAAGACAAGUUUGAGAAGUUUGAUAAAAUGACUGUCCCAGAGAUCCAGAGGUGCAACUUGGCCAGCGUGAUGCUGCACCUCUUGGCUCUGAGAAUCCCCAACGUUCUCGCCUUUGACUUCAUGUCCAAACCGUCGCCAGAGGCCCUUCAAGCGGCUAUUGAGCAACUGGCCCUCCUGGGCGCGGUGGAAAGGAAAGACGACCAGCUCAUCCUCACCGCGCUGGGAAGGAAAAUGGCAGCGUUUCCCCUGGAGCCCAAAUUCUCCAAGACCAUCCUGAUGGCCCCCAAGUUCCACUGCACGGAGGAAAUCCUGACCAUCGUUUCCCUCCUCUCCGUGGACAGCGUCCUUUACAAACCCCCCUCCCGGCGGGAUGAAGUGCAGGCCAUCCGGAAGAAAUUCAUCUCCAGCGAAGGGGAUCACGUCACGUUGCUCAACAUCUGCCGUGCAUUCAAAAACAUCAGUGGCAACCGGGAAUGGUGCAAGGAAAACCUUGUGAACAGCCGAAACUUGAUGCUGGUCUCGGAUAUCCGUGCUCAGCUCCGGGACAUCUGCAUCAAGCUUUCGAUCCCACUGGAGUCCUCCCGAUCCGACACGGGGAACAUCCGCCGCUGCUUGGCCUACAGCCUUUUCAUGAAUAUGGCAGAGCUACAGCCAGACGGCACCUACGCCACGACGGACACUCAGCAGCCGGUGGCGAUCCACCCCUCCUCGGUCCUCUUCCACUGCAAGCCAGCCUGUGUCACGUACAACGAGCUGCUCCACACCAACAAGUGCUACAUGAGGGACCUGUGCGUAGUGGAUGCGGACUGGCUGUACAACGCGGCGCCCGAGUACUUCCGCUGCAAGCUCCAAGCGGCCAAGAACUGACCGGAGGUGUACUAUUUACUACUAUAAGUAGUGGUAGUGAGAACUUUAGUGGACAGAAAGUACAGGGACUCUGCUGAGCCAGUUGGAUGCCUGCUGAGAGGAGAUGGGCAUCUCCUGCAACCGGAACGUGCACAUUUCCCCAUUGUCAGCUGUCUCUUCUAAAAAGCAUCUUGUGUUGGAGAGUUCCACAGGCUGCAUUUGGCCAGUAUCUAAUAGGAGGACAUAAAAAAGGCCAGCAUCCUGUGUCCCCAAAAUGAAUCUGCAAGUUAACCUCUAUUGCCAUCCUGGGGAAAGCCUUGGAGGUGGUUUAGAAGGAUUUUUUGGGGUGGCGGGGGUUGAAAAGCGAUAUAUAAAUAUUCUGAAUAAAAGCUAUGACUGAA